AUUUGCUCAAAAACAAAAGUUAGUCGGUCGUUCCCAUAUACUCCAUUAACAGCAGGUUGGGCCUUGUCCGCCCAAUCAGCCCGCGACGCUAGCCUAGGGUUCUCGUCGUCCGUCUCCCAGAAACCAGAGUCCCUCCCACUCAAUCUCCCUCUCCCCCCUUCACGACCCCCAUCCGGCGGCGGCGCCCCAACCCCGUCAACCACCGCCUGGCUCUGCCGACCAGCGUCCUGCCCCCCUCCGGCGGAUCGGCGGCGAGCUUUCUGAAGUCAAUAUGCUGUUCUUCUCCUACUUCAAGGAGCUCGUCGGGAAGGAGGUUACGGUCGAGCUCAAGAACGACCUGGCCAUCCGCGGCACGCUCCACUCGGUGGAUCAGUACCUCAACAUCAAGCUCGAGAACACUCGGGUCGUCGACCAGGACAAGUAUCCCCACAUGCUAUCGGUGCGGAACUGCUUCAUCAGGGGAUCUGUGGUGCGUUACGUCCUGCUUCCGCAGGACGGGGUUGACAUCGACAUCCUCCAUGAUGCCACCAGGAGGGAGGCACGGGGCGGCUGAUUGAUAUAGUUUAUUCUCUUUUCUCGGCCGUGAGAUAAUUCUAAUCUGAUUUGUGGAACUGGAACAUGUAUGGACUGACAUCGGCAUUGCUUAACUCUGCCUGUGGUACACUUGCAGUGCAAAUUAUCCAAUGUUACAUAUAUCAAUGUGGUAUUAUCAAAGAGCAACAACCAAGCAUUGCCAUGCUGUA